CGGUAACACCGCGAAGACUGAAACUUGUGUAGGCGGAGGUCCAGCGAAUCAGGGGGCCCGGUGAGUGCAUUGUGCGAUCGACGAACAAGGAUCACCCGGAGAUAAAUGAACACCACGAGGAAGGAUACUGCGGAUUAAGGUGAUUGGAUUUUUCUACGAAAAGAUGAUUUCACGGUAUCAUAUUCUGUGCGCGAUCCUGCUGUACGGCGCGGUUUUGUUGUACCAAGCGAUGGCGCAAGUUGAUGGUUACACGCCUGGCGUGGACUACCCGAUCUACGAUUCCGUGCCUUUCGGUCUGACGUUUACCUGCGGAGGCAAGCUACCUGGCUACUAUGCCGACCCUGAAGCCAGAUGUCAGGUUUGGCACUGGUGCUUGCCAAACGGACGGCAAUUCAGCUUCCUCUGUCCAAACGGCACCGUCUUCAGCCAGUCGGCUCGCGUCUGCGAUUGGUGGUUCAAGGUCGACUGCAACGACUCGCCGAGAUUGUACGGUAUCAACGACGACCUCUACAGAGACGUGAACGGGAACAAGAUUUAACUCAAACUGUAUUCCUGUGAAACAUUCGUAUAAAACGCGCGUCGACGAAGGACAAUUUCUGUACAGUCUCUUCGCGGCAAGGAAGCAACAUAACGGAAGCAAGAUUCGGUCCAACGAGUUGCGAGUUCCUAGCUUGCCGACGGAGAGAACGCGCGAACAGGGCGCUGUAAUAUUCUCAGACGCUAAAUUCCACGCGAUGGCGGCCGACCGUUACGAAGCUGCUCAAACUUGUAGAUACACUUUCCACCGAAAUCGAUCGCACAACCGUUGUCCGUCAACCAUAGAACCGUUCAAAAUUAACCGCACAGUUUCGUCCGACAGACGAUCCGACAUUAACUCUUAAUCGCCUUAUAACGAACUCGAUUCUUCAAU